GCCAGUUAUAUGCUCGUUCGUGUUUCUUGUCUUACUUGAUAAUGAUAAUUAUUAUCGCACUCAUCCAAGGUGUCUAUUGAUAGUACACAUUUCAAGUAUUAUUUUCAUUAAAUACACAUUUAACAAACAUGUUCUACUUUUUACUUGUAAUUUUAAGUGUGUCUGUCGCCGACGGCUGGUCUGAUAACAGACAACGACGAUUCAAAGAUGAUUUCUUGUUUGGAACUGCUUCGGCAUCUUACCAGGUGGAAGGUGCAUGGGACGCCGAUGGUAAAAGCGAAAGCAUAUGGGACAGAUACGUACACAGCCGUCCAAAACUCAGUCCGGAUGGUGACGUGGCCUGUGAUUCUUACCAUCAGAUCUCCAGAGAUGUUCAGAUGUUGAGGGAACUGGGUGUGGACUUCUAUAGGUUCUCCAUAGCUUGGACAAGGGUGUUACCCUCAGGAUUCCCCAACAAAAUUAAAGAAAAAGGCUUACAGUACUAUCACAAUUUGGUUGACGAGUUAUUGAAAUACAACAUACAGCCUAUGGUCACUCUUUACCACUUUGAUCUUCCUCAAAGCCUCCAGGACUUGGGUGGCUGGACUAACCCACUAUCCAUCACCUGGUUUGAAGACUACGCAAGAGUUAUCUUUGAAAAUUUCGCAAGCAAAGUCCCACAUUUUAUUACUAUAAAUCAGCCCAAUACUGUAUGUGUCGAUGGGUAUGGAGGGGAUAACUUUGCACCAGGGAUCAAUUCGCUUGGAGUGGGAGACUACUUGUGUGUGAAACAUGUAAUGUUGGCUCAUGCAAAAGCGUAUAGAUUGUAUGAAAAGGAAUUCAAAACAAAACAUCAAGGAUCUGUGGGAAUAGCAAUAUCAGUGAAUUGGAUAGAGCCUAUCAACAAUCAAACGGAAAACGUGGAGGCUGCCGAGGUCGCUAGAGAAUUUUCUAUUGGCUUAUACGUAAAUCCAAUAUGGUCAAAAGAAGGGGAUUUCCCGGCUCUAGUCAAAGAGAGGGUUGCCGCCAAAAGCAAAGAACAAGGGUUCUUAACAUCUCGUCUGCCUACCUUUACUCCUGAAGAGAAGGACUUGCUGAAAGGCUCAUCAGACUUCCUGGGCAUGAACCACUACACCACAGGUCUGGCCCAACCCAGCGCUGCAAAGUAUCCCUCCCCAUCAUUUCUGGACGACAUGAGUGUGGACUUCACUCAGAGUUUGGAUUGGGUUCAGGGUACUUCUCCUUGGUUAAAGAGCGCCCCAUUCGGCCUAUACAAAUCGUGCCUCUACCUAAACAAGCAAUACGGCUACCCCACCAUCAUUAUAACUGAACAUGGCUGGUCCACAAACCUCGGCCGAAAAGACCCCAGUCGGGUGGACAACUUGAGGGCUUACCUCACAGCAUUACUGUUUGCGAUUGAAGACGGGACCGUUGUGAAGGGUUACACGGCGUGGAGCUUGAUGGAUAACGUCGAGUGGGGCGCUGGAGUCAGUGAACGAUUCGGCCUGUACGAAGUGGAUUUCAACUCGCAGAACAGACAUCGUUCACCCCGUGUCUCUGCCCACGUCUACAAGAGAAUCAUAGAGCAGAGAGUUGUGGAAGACACUUGGAGACCGACCAGUUUGAAAAUGGAAGUGUCUACGAGAAGAACGGGGAAGAACAAGUCGGAGUUAUAAUUUGCGUAAUGCGUGUUCACGAAAAUAAACGCACUCCCUCACGCAUUA